ACGAAAAGCAAAUGACCACUGAUAAAUAAGUGAUUUAACUCACUACUUAGUGAGUAACUUCUCUUCGCUACUCGCUUCUUCUCACUGUUAUCUUCUCCGCUCUGCACCUGUUUCAGCCUUCAGCUUCGGCCCACCUCUCUGCGACGCCGUUUAUCAAGUCACACAUGGCUCUGAAAUCGUUCGUUGAAGUCCAUCCCGACUCCCAUUUCCCCAUCCAAAACCUUCCAUAUGGAGCAUUCAAACCCCAGCCGACUGCAUCAGCCCGUCUCGCUGUCGCAAUUGGUGACUGUGUUUUGGACCUCUCCGAGAUCGCCAAAGCCGGUCUAUUCAACGGCCCCAUACUCACCGGUUCCGAUUGCUUCCUUCAGCCUACUCUGAACAAAUUUUUGGCACUCGGGCGACCUGCUUGGAAGGAAGCUCGUGUUACUCUUCAAAAGCUAUUGUCAUCUACAGAACCAACCUUGCGUGAUAAUGCAGACUUGAGGCAGAAGUCGCUUGUGCCGAUGAACAACGUAGAAAUGGUUCUUCCUACGGAAAUUGGAGACUACACAGACUUCUUUUCAUCCAUGCAUCACGCGAAGAACUGUGGGACUAUAUUUCGUGGACCUCAAAACCCAAUUCCGCCAAAUUGGUUCCAUCUUCCUAUUGCAUAUCAUGGACGAGCAUCAUCAAUUGUCAUCUCUGGAACAAAUAUUAUUAGACCAAGGGGUCAAGGGUAUCCAGCUGGGGACUCUCCACCAUAUUUUGGACCUUCACUGAAGCUAGAUUUUGAACUUGAAAUGGCUGCUGUAGUUGGUCCAGGAAAUGAAUUAGGUAAAACCAUAGAUGUUAAUGAGGCAGCAGAUCAUAUCUUUGGACUUGUCUUGAUGAACGACUGGAGUGCUCGAGAUAUUCAGGCGUGGGAAUAUGUCCCUCUUGGACCCUUUCUUGGGAAGAGUUUUGGUACUACAAUGUCCCCUUGGAUUGUGACACUAGAUGCUCUAGAGCCUUUUGCAUGUGAUGCUCCUAAGCAGGAUCCCCAUCCACUGCCAUAUCUGGCUGAGAAGAUAUCCAAAAACUAUGAUAUUGCAUUGGAGGUUCAAAUUAAACCUUCCGGACAAAAGGAUUCGAGUGUUGUUACAAGAAGUAAUUUCAAUAACCUAUAUUGGACAUUGACUCAACAGCUAGCACACCAUACAAUCAAUGGUUGCAAUCUGAGGCCAGGCGAUCUCCUUGGAACAGGGACCAUUAGUGGGCCUGAGCCAGAUUCUCUUGGAUGUUUGCUGGAACUAACAUGGAAUGGACAGAAACCGUUGUCAUUAAAUGGGACAACUCGAAAGUUCUUGGAAGAUGGGGAUGAAGUAAUCUUUACUGGUUGCUGCAAGGGGGAUGGUUACAAUGUUGGUUUUGGAACCUGCGCUGGUAAGGUUGUUCCUCCACGGGAUUGAGGAAACCGAUGUUUUAGGAGAUAAAAGAGGAAGAGUACAUGCCACUCACGUUGCCAUUGUUGGUUUAAAAGAAAUCUCACUGGAAAUUCUCAGAGCUGAAAUGGUCUGUUUGCUGUAUAAUUAUUGAUUUCAAUGUUAAUUUAGUUGUUUGUAGCGCUUGGCUUGACGGUAUGUUGGAACCUGGAAUUUCCUUGUCAGUGAUAAUCUCUUCCACUAAAUUCAUGCCUUCUUAUCGUUUAUAACAGAGUAAAAAAAAAUUGAAAAGAAAAAACUUCCCCAAAAUAUUAGCUAACGUAGAUAGCUGUAUAGACAAUACUAAUUGAGGGUAAAGCCGACAUUUAGUCGCAUUUAGACGAUGAUAAUUUGAAAUUCUGAAUGGCUGAAAACAGUAUCUAAAGGGAAAAAGCCUUGUCCCAAUCACCGUACAUCUCCCCCAGGAGGCUGCAGCCACAAAGAUCCAAUCAGCCUACCGUGCCUGCGUCAUCUUCAACCUUUACAAUCAAAUCUCAGCCGUCAAUUAGGAGGCCAACCGUCUUCAACUCUUAAUCCAACGGCAGUAAACGCUAGAUUCCAUCAGGAGCGACGACCUGGAGAAACUGAGGAUGAACGAGACCUUGAUGCGUCUUUACUGUAGGUUGACUUUUCUAGUCUGUUUUGCAGCUUAUUGUAUUAAACUACGCUUAAAAAAAAAAAAAACAAACAAAUAGGGGCAAACAUUUUGUUUUGUAAAAAUUAAUCCUAAAACCAAAACAAAGUAGUAUAUGAGCUGAGCUGGCGCAUCCUUGAGAUUUU